AUGACUGGCAGCAGAAUUCACAUUCUUCAGGGCACCUUGAUCCGUCGACAGAGCAGUUUAUCCAAGCAAAAUGGCUCUCAGGUCAUGAAAAAACUCAGCAGCGCUGCGGAACACCCUCGAGCUUUACAUCCAUCGCUCUCCUCCUCCGUUAAAGAACUCGUCGAAAAUAGCUUAGACGUCGGCGCCACCAGCAUCGAAAUCUCUCUCAAAGACUUUGGUGAAGAAUGGUUUCAGGUCAUCGAUAACGUUGAAACGAGAACCGCGAGCGAAGAGGUUGCUACACUCUUGACAUUUAACCAUUCUGGUGCUCUGGCGGCUGAAACGAAAACCGCGCGGCAAGUUGGAACGACUGUCACAGUUAAAAAGCUGUUCUAUAAUCUUCUGGUGCGAAGCAAAGAGUUUAAGCGGAACAUUCGCAAGGAAUAUGGCAAGUUGGUUUCUCUCUUGAAUGCAUAUUCCCUUAUUGCAAAAGUCACAAUUGUAGUUUUCGUAAUGCCUGAAGGUCUACCUUUGGCUGUUACUUUAACCUUGGCAUAUUCAAUACGGAAAAUGAUGAAAGAUAAAGCCUUGGUACGAAGACUGUCAUCCUGCGAAACUAUGGGCUCUGCUACUACAAUCUGUACUGAUAAGACAGGAACAUUAACCUUAAAUCAGAUGACUGUUGUUGAGGCAUAUGUUGGGAGGAACAAUCUAAUUCCACCAGAUGACUCUUCAAAGUUUCAUCCAGAAGCAUUAUCCCUGAUAAAUGAAAUCAUUGCACGGAAUUCCACUGGAAAUGUUUUUGUGUCUAAGGAUGGUGGAGCGGUAGAGUUUCUUCACGUCUUUCCAUUCAAUUCCGAGAAAAAACGAGGCGGUGUUGCUCUGAAGCUGGCGGACUCUAGAGUGCAUAUACUCUGGAAAGGAGCUGCAAAAAUAAUUCUAGGAGCAUGUAACCAAUAUCUUGAUUCAAAUGGUCAUUUGCAAACCAUCGAAGAACAAAAGGCUUUUUUUAAGGAGGCUAUUGAUGACAUGGCUUCUCGCAGCUUGUGUUGCGUUGCCAUUGCAUACAGAUCAUAUGAAUUAGACCAAAUUCCAUCUAAUGAGGAGGAUUUAAACCAAUGGUCCUUACCAGAAGAUGAGCUUGUUUUGCUUGCUAUUGUUGGAAUCAAGGAUCCUUGUCGCCCUAGUGUCAAAUAUGCUGUGAGAAUAUGUACUGAAGCUGGUGUUAAGGUACGUAUGGUUACCGAAGACAACCUUCAAACCGCAAAGGAAAUAGCUCUGGAGUGUGGGAUACUAGCUUCAAAUGAAGAUGUUGUUGAGCCAAAUAUAAUUGAAGGAAAGGUAUUUAGGGAGCUAUCGGAACAAGAAAGGGAACAGUUGAGCAGAAUGUGGGUCAACGGCAAACAGAACUGCCGGCAUAUUUGA